AUGGUUGGAGGGUAUCCGUCGCGGAUACCCGCUAUCUGCUGGCGGAUACCCGCCAGCCGGUGCGGAUUUGGGAGCGGAUGGCCCCCUUUUCCGCAAUUCGUUGGCCGGUAUCCGGGGUAUCCCAAAGGAUACCCGCUGCCGGCCGACAGAUACCCGCCAGCGGACCUGCCCCCUCUACCUUCUUCCAACAACUAUCAAUCAGCCCCUUCCAGAACACAAAAAAUUCAAUCCACAAACCCACCUAAAUGUAUUCUGCUGCAGAUGUUGACACUGCCACAGUUUUUUGAUGCCUUGAUCCCCACACCACCACCGCUGUGGAAAGUAAGGCACACCCUAGGUGAUUUCUUGCACUUCUCCGCUCCGCAACAUGUCCUACUCCGGUUUGUUGUCCGGGGUAACUUGCUUGAUGGUCUUGUAGGUAACACUCUAACAAUUCUUUAG